UCCCUGUCCAUCUUCCUUCGUUUUGCUUCAUCUUCUUUCAUCCUAUAAUCCAAAGAGAGCCAUUUUAGUGGGAAGGUCUCAAAAGAGUCUGAUUUUGGGCUUUGGCAAGGUUUCUCCAACAAUCCCAUGGCUUCCAUCAACGUCUCAUGCCCUUCUACAACUCCCCUUUCACGACCUCAGGCAUGCAAAAAUUUUAAAUUGUUCAAUGGGUUGCAUACUCUGAAUCUUUCUCUGUCUAAUGGGAACACGUCUAGUAUAGCCUUGAUCCAGAUGGGUAGUAAAUUUUCAUUCAGUAAUAAGGGGGUUUCUCGAAUUAGAGCUACAAUGGUGUCUGAAGAUGGUGACCUUGUUUAUACUAACGGCAAUGGUGCAGUGACAAAUAGUACUCUCAUUGAUGAUCAGUCAGUUGGGAUUGAGAUACAGCCGGAUGCAGUAGCAUUUGGAACACUUUCAGCAGAUACUGUUCCAACAACUAGUGGUUUUCCAGUUGAUAAUGAUGAAUUUGAUUUGGAUUGCCCCACAAAAGGAUUUGCUUCCAUCCCAGAGGCCAUUGAAGACAUUCGCCAAGGAAAGAUGGUAGUGGUUGUAGACGAUGAGGACAGAGAAAAUGAAGGAGAUCUGAUCAUGGCAGCGCAACUAGCAACACCUGAGGCUAUGGCUUUUAUUGUGAAGCAUAGCACUGGAAUAGUGUGCGUGAGCAUGGAUGGAAAAGAUCUGGAGAGGUUGCAAUUACCUCUAAUGGUAACACAAAAGGAUAAUGAUGAGAAGCUUCGAACAGCGUUCACCGUGACAGUGGAUGCAAAAAAUGGUACAACCACAGGGGUAUCUGCAAGUGAUAGGGCAACAACAGUUUUAGCUCUUGCUUCUAGAGAUUCAAAACCUGAUGAUUUCAACCGCCCAGGUCAUAUAUUUCCACUGAAGUACAGAGAGGGUGGUGUUUUGAAAAGAGCUGGACACACUGAAGCAUCUGUUGAUCUUGCCGUGCUAGCUGGAUUGGAUCCCGUUGCUGUUUUGUGUGAGGUUGUUGAUGAUGAUGGUUCAAUGGCUAGAUUACCAAAGCUUCGCCAAUUUGCACAGCGGGAGAAUUUGAAAAUUGUAUCCAUUGCUGAUUUAAUAAGGUAUAGGCGGAAGAGAGACAAAUUAGUUGAUCGUUCUGGUGCUGCAAGGAUACCUACAAUGUGGGGACCAUUCACAGCCCACUGUUAUAGAUCCAUCUUAGAUGGGAUUGAACAUAUUGCAAUGGUUAAGGGUGACAUUGGGGGCGGACAAGAUGUUCUAGUGAGAGUACAUUCAGAAUGCCUCACAGGAGAUAUAUUUGGAUCGGCCCGAUGUGACUGCGGGAAACAGCUCGCACUUGCAAUGCGGCAGAUUGAGGCUAAUGGCAGGGGUGUCCUGGUGUAUCUACGUGGUCAUGAAGGAAGGGGCAUCGGUUUGGGUCACAAGCUUCGUGCUUAUAACCUACAGGAUGCUGGACGUGAUACAGUUGAAGCCAAUGAGGAUUUGGGGUUGCCUGUUGACUCACGAGAAUAUGGCAUUGGUGCCCAGAUACUAAGGGACCUUGGUGUUCGAACAAUGAAGCUGAUGACAAACAACCCUUCUAAGUAUGUUGGGCUAAGGGGUUAUGGUUUAACAGUUUCGGGCAGAAUACCAUUAGUAACUCCCAUUACUAAGGAGAACAAGAGGUAUUUAGAGACUAAACGUGCUAAAAUGGGUCACAUCUAUGGGUCAGAAUUUAGUGGCCCCUUGAGUAGUCUUAUUAUUGGCAAUGGGAAACAGAAUGUUGAUUCCACAACUGAUGUCAUUUCAAGCUCAUAAGUCCACAACUGGUGUCAUUUCAAGCUCAUAAGCCUGGUUACCUGCCCAUGCCGACACAGUUCGUCUGAGAUGCGAAGCAGAGAGGUCUUGUUGUCAUCCCAUAGCUUAUUAUGAUUUGAUUAAUUCUUUUGAUUCAAGACUCAAAACUAAAUUGGGAGCCUUCCUCACAAGCGUAGUACAAAAUUUCAUUAAUUCUGUAACUGCAUUGUAAUGCUAGGCGCAUUCUGCAGCGUUCUGCAGCAUUUUUCAUUUUUUCUGUAAGUUGUAACACAGGCAGACAUACUAUUUUGGCGACUUAUGAAUUUGUUAGAAUUAAUUUACUAA